UGCAGCAAGAUAAGCUAGUUUAUUGUAUUUAUGUCAAACAUAUAUCACUGAAAACUUAUAAAAUAUAUAUCAUCAUUAAAUUUCCAAGAGUUUUACUUACCACCAAACAACACCUUAUCCCACCCUCCUUUCACCAGCCUCCACAUUUUCAUCUUUUACAAAGCUCCUUUCACUCAGACUAUUUGUUCCUUUCUUCACAAUGGAAAAUUCAGAGGUAGAAGAACAUGAAGAUCAUCCAUGGGACCAAGAAGAAGAAGAACUGGAGGAGGGUAAUUUGGUUGCUAGAAGAAAGAUUCUCAACCAAACUCCAAUUUCCACCACCAUUAAUGCUGAUCAUACCACCAACAAUGUUGACUUAAAUGGUGUCACCGAUGCUAAAGAUCAUCAUCAUCAUCAACAACAGCAACAUGAAGAAGAAGAAGAAGAAGAAGAAAAAGAAGAAGUGAAAGAUUCUAUCCAACAAGAUGACAUAAAAGUUGAUGGAGAUGAAAAAGAAAAAGAAAAAGAGAAACAACCUGAAUUUCUUGUUUACUAUGACACAGAUAAAGGAAUAUGGAAAUGUCGAAUCUGCUCAUGGGAUAAUCAGGGUAGAACAUGUCUCACUCAUCAUAGUCAGCAUCCUAGGUGGCACUCGCGUAUGCUGGCGAAUGCGAAAACCGUAUAUGAAACCAAAGGUAACGAGAAAAUUCACGAGCCAGAGAACACUGAUAUAACAACUAAUAAUCAAGAAAACGGGAAUGGCAUGCACUCGGUGAUCAGCAAACAGAACGGAGAGCAUCAAAAGCAUGAAAUAUCAUCGGAGGGUGACAAAAGUGCUUCAUCAUACAUAAGCAACAAAACCGAAAUCACGAUUGAUGAAAUAACCGAAUAUGACGUGGAGACAAUUUUAAAAAAGCAAGACACUCAUGAUUUGUUCUGUCCUAAUUGCAAUUCUUGUAUAACCAAAAGGGUCAUACUUCGUAAAAGGAAACGUAGAAUCCCAGUUCCUGGUGCAGAUGGAAAACGUAACAAACCGGAAACUCCAGUUUCUUCUGAAUCGAACGUUGUUUUAGCUGAUUCAACCGACGAUCAAGUUCAACCACCAACAUCUAAUGAAUAUGAUCCGCAAAGAGAGCCAGAUGUAUUCAGAUGUUUGUCAUGCUUCAGCAUUUUCAUGCCCACAGGAAAUGGGUUUAAGUUGUUUCGCGGGUUUGGAAAUAAAAACAGCAAAGAAAAAAGUGAACUUUCUGAGAAGGAAGUGCCUGUAAAGAAAAGCUGGUUUUCGAACAUAUUUAAAUCGGAAAAGGUGGAGAAUAAUGUCACUAAUCUUAACGUUUCAGUAGCCGUUCAGCGUUUAGAUCCGGAAAAUAACGUUGGUGAAGUCUCUUCUGUAUCUUCUAACCUAAAUCCGUCAAUGCAAGAAGCUAGCGUGCGUAUCUCCGACGGUACAACAGAUUUGGAAAAAAAUCAACUUCAGUCAGAUAAAGUUAUAAGCGAGAGCCACGGAAAUAUGGCAACAGACCUUCCAUUAGCAGACACUAACGGGCAGUUACUUACCUCGUACCAUAUCGAGAAAGAAUCCAACAGCAAAAGUGAAUAUCCGGGUAUGUUUGUGGUCAAACCGCCUUUAACUAAUAACGUGGAGCCCACAGAAAGUUCAAUAUCUUCAGUUCAACAUGACGGAUUGAAGCUUCUUGUUCCUCCAAAUGUGGGAUCGUUAAUCAUUGACAAUUCGCAAAUGAACCAAGAGCUUGAUGUAACCAUUCAACACACUGUUCAAAACAAUGUUGAAAUUCACCUUGAAGAGCCUCUGAAGGUCAACAAAGAUAUCUUAACUGACGGUCAACAGGUUAAUCUUCUUGAUGAUGUGAAGAACAUUGAAAGGAACAAAGGAGAAGAUACAAUAAUUACCAUAGAAAGCAAGCAACUUGAUGCAUCUGCCUUUCAAAGACCACCUGACGAACUUGGUGAGACGUCAACUCCAGCACCGCAGCAGGCGGUGGAACGUGGUGGUGUUACCACGGCAACAAGAGGCAGUCGUAGCGUGGACAUGGUUAAAAGUAUUGUUUAUGGUGGCUUGAUAGAACUGAUUGCGAGCCUAAGUGUUGUGGCUUCUGCAGCUGGUGCUGAUGCCGCCACAUUGAAUGUGCUAGCUCUGGGAUUGGCUAAUAUAUUCGGUGGGUUGUUCGUGAUCAGUCAUGAUCUUUGGGACCUUAAAAACGAGCGAACAAGAAAGACAGAAGACCGAUACCAACUCCUUUUGGGGCAACGAGCCGAUUUCCCACUUCACAUGACGGUUUCUCUGUUAUCAUACCUCGUAUUUGGAUUCGUUCCUCCACUUGUCUAUUGCUUCUCCUUCUAUGAGAGCAAUGACAAAGAUCUCAAGCUUUUGACAGUGGCCGCAGCCUCCAUUUUAGGCAUCAUGAUUCUGUCUGCCGGAAGAGCAUACGUUCAGAGCCCACCAAAAUUUUAUUUCAAAACUAUCAGUUACCAUGUCAUGCUUGGGUUCACGGUUUCAGGUGUUUCGUAUUUGUCUGGUGGCUUGAUUAUCAAGUUACUGGAGAAAUUGGAUAUAUUCCAGGAAGGUUCAGUGGAGAACCUGAGAAUCUAUGGAGCGGGUUCAAAACCGGGCCUCGCGACAUUCUAAUGUCAAAAUUGUCCUCAUGUGGGCAUUUUUGUUUCAUGAUUUUGUAGCUUUGUGUUAUUAGCUUUAGAAGGAAUAAGUUUUAGGUUUUAAUUGUUAGCAUGUUCAAGUGAAAUUGUUCAAAGUCCAAGUUCAGUAUGCAUUUACUACAAAAUCUGUAAUGAGUUGAUAUCAUAUCAAACUAUCAAAGCAUCAGGUAGCUCCAUAGUGUAGACAAAGAAUUUUAUGGUCAAUCACAUAUGAAAUGGUUAAAAAAUUGUUGGGAUACGGUUUGGAGUUAUUUAGAAUGAA